AUGAUAGACCUGAAGUUGAAGGCCUCCGUUGUCGUCUCCUGCGUCGGCCUCCACCCAAUCCUCGUCCACGGCGGCGGGUCAGAGAUCAACAGCUGGCUCAAGCAGAUCAACAUCGAGCCCCUUCUCCACGAGAGCCUUAGCGUUAUUGACGCCAAGACGAUGGAGAUCCGCAAUGGAAAUCCUUUAAUUUCCUCCUCCUGGUGCUUGGAAGAAAUUCUAGUGACCACAAAUGUCGAGAGUCUAAGAAAGCUUAAUCGAAAGCUAUCGGUGAUUUGA